AAGCCAUCACUCCGGAAAUUAAUUCCUCCCCCAUAGCCUUCACGGGCCGCAUUUCUCUCCCAGGCAAUCACCUAAGAUCUAGCAAGGAACUUUUUUUGUUUAAUUAUAAGGAAAGGGUGGCUCCCCUAUCAAUAAAAUGCUGCUUCAAUGAGUACAACUACCCUUUGGGUCAUUAUUUUAAGUGUUUGAAAUUUCUACUUAAAUAAGGUCACUUUCAAUUUGGUAAAUACUCCUAAGUCAUCAUCUUAAUUCACGGCCAGUCACCCUAGGAAUGCUGAGUAAGUAAACAUAAUCAAGCAUUAGCUAACCAGCCACAAAUCCACUUGAGUUUAUUAAUUUCUGUCUUGGCAGAGAAGCAAGAAAAGGGAACAAACCAUCAGAGACAUUCACGCAUCAUUCAUUCAAUAAAUAUUUAUUACAUACCAGGUGCCAGGUACUGUGCUAAGCUAAAUAUAGGUUGCAUUAUUUUAUUAAUAUUCACAGCUAAGUUCUAUAUCAAAUCCCAUUUUCCCCCAAAUAUAAAUCUUAAUUCCUGAGGUGCUUUUUCUUCAUUUCUGCCUAAUGUGCCUUCUUCCAUGGAGUAAAUGAUACAUCCUAACUCUUAAGCUUCCAGACUCUCUAUCCCUCCCUCCAAAGACCCCCCCCAUCAUCCCUCAAAUAGUUAAUGAAUAUAAACUCCCACUAGAGCUCUAGAGAGGCACUCACUAUUUUAAAAGUCUAGGAGAAUAGUAAUGGUAAGAAAUAGUUCAUAUCAUUGCACUCGGAUUUUUUUUAUACAUUUGGGUUUUGGUUGAGGGGAGUACCUUAUACUUACUCUAAAGGCUUUUUAAAAUACUAGCACACAUAUAUAUUCCAAAUGCAGACAGAGCUGUAGGCAGGCUAGGAAAGCAAUCUGAAGAGGACCACCUUAUCAGAGGAAUUCCCUUUCCUCAUUUCAAAGGAGGCUCCCCUUUCCCAUACUCUCCCAACACCACCAAAAACUGGCACCUGUCCAAAUUCAUUUACAAAGGAAAGGACCCACUCGGAGAACUGACCUUAAAACAAGUCACUUUGCUCAUCAGUAAAGAAGCUACUUCCAAGGUCCCUCUAUAGCCUGUGGAUUAGGGGAUCCAAGCUAACCUAAUCCUCCACUACACCUCUUCGGGACCUGGUACACACACACACACACACACACACACACACACACACACACACACGAACCCGAGCACAGCCCCCCAGCCCCACACUGCAGGCCCUGAUUCCCCCAGGGACAGCCAGCUUACCGAGAUACACAAAACACCCCCACACCACCCAGAAGGGGAGAGAGGCAGGACUCUCCCUCCCUCAGCCAGGCAGUCUCCUGAGGCUGCUGACAUCACAAAGGUGUCAACUGGCAAGCUCAUUGUCAUGUGGCUCUCCCCUGGCUCCCCUUCACUUGCAAACGCAGGGAAAGGGUGAGACCUUUCAAAGCCGCCAAGCGGGCAAGCUUCCAGCAGCAGUCUGGGAGUGAGCGGGCGGCCGAGCCACCAAGCCGGGCGGCGGGGCAUUGGGCCUCGCGUUUCAACUUCUUCUCAGUUCUCCUGUAAUGGAAAAUUGCUUUGCACAAAGCUAGAGUGUUACAGUUCUUUCCAGCGCCACUCCUCCCCCACCCCGCCCCUCGGCAGCCUUCCGAUCAGAGGGACAGCGCCCGCAGGAAGGUGGAAGGAGGGUAGUUGUGGCUUCUUACUAUGUCCCUUGCUUCAGGCCCUGGGCCCGGGUGGUUACUCUUUUCCUUUGGAAUGGGACUGGUCUCGGGGUCAAAGUGUCCAAAUAAUUGUCAGUGUCAAGCCCAGGAAGUGAUCUGCACAGGGAUCCAGUUAGCCGAGUACCCCCCUGAUGUACCCCUGAGCACUCGGAGGCUAUACUUGAAUGAUAACCGCAUCACCUUUUUGCCAGCGAUGAAUCUAGGACUCCUCAGUGACCUUGUUUACUUGGACUGUCGGAAUAACCUGAUUCGCGAGGUGAUGGAUUAUACCUUCAUCGGGGUCUUCAAACUCAUCUACCUUGAUCUCAGCUCCAACAACCUAACCUUGAUCUCCCCAUACAGUUUCUCCAUGCUCAGCAACCUGGUGCAGCUGAACAUCUCCAACAACCCUCACCUGUUCUCUCUGAACAAGUACACCUUUGCCAACACCAGCUCUCUAAGGUACCUGGACCUCAGAAACACCGGCUUGCAGACCUUGGACAAUGCUGCCUUCCAAAACCUCCUAACACUACAGAUCCUGUAUCUGAGUGGAAACCCAUGGAAAUGCAACUGCUCCUUCCUGGACUUCACCAUCUACUUAAUAGUGUCCCAUCUGAACCAUCCAGAUGAUCAAAAUGCCACGUGCGUGGAGCCCGCAGAGCUGGUGGGGUGGCCCAUCACGCAGGUGGGGAACCCGCUCCGGUACAUGUGCAUCACGCACCUGGACCGCCAGGACUACAUCUUCCUGCUGCUCAUCGGCUUCUGCAUCUUCUCCACGGGCACCGUGGCCGCCUGGCUCACGGGCAUGUGCGCAGUGCUCUACCAGAACGCCCGGCGCAAGGCGAGCGAGGACGACGCCGAGGAGGAGCACGGGCAGAGGGUAGACAGCAGCAGGCGCAUCUUCCAAAACAGGGUGGACUCGGGCCAGGACGGGUUCCCUCAGCUGAUUUAGUUGCCAGAGACUGCCAUCUGAUGAUGCCUUCCCCCCAGGCUCCCUGCCUUCUCGCUCGCUCUCCCCUCCCCUUCCCUCAUGGCUGUCUUAGACACCGACUAUUUAGUAAAACAAAUAAAA